CUGUUGUCAGUUCAUUCGCGAGAGCCAUUCAUAACGGCUGUGGGUUUGUGGUGCCGCAAUAUCGAUUUAUACGUAAAUCCAUUGAAUAAAAAUCAAAUAAAAAUCAUGAAACAUUAAUAGUAUAAUAUUCACGAAGAAGUAAAAGAGACUAGAAAUUUCGGCUAAAACUAGAGUUGUCAAAGAAAUUUUGCCGUGAUUGCCGAUGCGCGGUUGAAACAAAUGUACAUAUGUAUUUUGUAAUGGAAUAGUACAAUAACAAUCAAAUUCAAUGUAAACUUGUACACAAACAUAUACACAUAGUAUAUGUAUGUCAAUAUUUCGUGCAUGGCAUUAGAUGUACUUGGCGGGCAUUUUUAUGAUUGUGCGAUGGCCAAAGUAAUUUGGUAACUACAUACAUACGUACAUAUGUGUCAUUCAGUGUAUGCUAAAUGAAAAAGUCACCGUUGCAUUGAGACGACGCUCACGAGUACGUGGGAGAGGUUUUGCUUUUAACCGAGUGUUAUGAAAACAUACAAACAUACGGAGCUUUGCGAGUAAAUAGCGUAGCAAAAACCAAUACCAAGUGAUAUUUAGAUGCAAAGUCAGCUGCGCAGCAACAACUGAUAACAAGUGUCAUAGGGAAGAUUGCAGAGGUGACGGGCAGUGAAGCAAAAGGAACAGCUGACUGAUUCAUACGCGAAGAGCUUAUGCUGCAUCAAAAGCAUAUAACAAAUAAUAACAACGGAAUAACGGAAAAAAGUGGAGAAGGCGUUCAAAAAUUGCGUAAAUUCACGAAAUUAAAAAAAAGAAGAAUAUCUCUCUCCGGCCACUCCGAAGUCUGAACAAAUCGCUUGUAUGUGAGCUAUACUAUAAAAUACGCCGAUUUCGACGAUUUUCGGCGAUAAUGAUUAGAUGUUCACAUAUACAUACGUAGAUUUCAAACCGGGUAAAAUGCAAAUCUUAUUGGAGUUGAAUUUUAGACAACGCAAUUCCACGCGGGUUAUCAUACUCAUCCUCGGUUUGCUAGCAUUCGUCCUAUUCAAAAACAGCACAAAAGGAUGUCUAUUUUUAGGAGCAACAUUAGCAUUAAUGCUCAGAAAUCCCAAAUACGUCUAUGCAUUCGGGAAGACCAUUGCACGCGACCUUAAAGCCGGAUAUCGUUUCAUCCGACUGAACAUUUUCAUUAUGUUCAUGGAGCGAAAGCAACGGACGCUGGCACGCAUCUUCCAAGAGCGCGUGAAAAAACACCCCAAAAAGCCGUGCUUCAUUAUGGGAGAUCGUUGUUUGAGCUUUCAGUGGGUGGAGAAUUAUACAAAUAAAGUUGGCGCUUAUUUCAAAGCGCGUGGCUUGCAACGUGGCGAUUGUGUCGCUUUAAUUAUGGAAACGAGACCGGAGUUCGUGUGCCUUUGGCUGGGUCUUUCUAAGAUAGGCGUUGUGACAGCGUUAAUUAAUUCGCAUUUGCGACGCGACACCCUGCAGCAUUCCAUCAAAGUAGCAAAGGCCAAUGCAAUCAUUGUAGGCACUGAACUCAGUGAUGCAUUGGCUGAAGUGUACGACGAUGAAGAGGUCAGAGACUUGCCAAUUUUCCAAUUCAGUGAUGAAGAACAACGGGAAAAUGAUCAGUUUAGGCUCCUAAAGGGUGCCAUUGAUCUCUCCAACGCUUUAAGGCUGCAACCCAUCGAGGAUUUAACCGCCAAUAUUGCCGAGUGCAAGCCCAGAGACAAAUUACUUUAUGUUUAUACAUCCGGCACCACGGGAUUGCCGAAAGCAGCUGUCAUAAAUAAUUUGAGGUAUUUGUUUAUGUCCAGUGGUGUCUACUACAUGCUCGCGCUUAGGACCGACGAUGUCAUCUACAAUUCAUUGCCACUCUAUCAUACAGCUGGCGGCAUAAUCGGUGUUGGGAAUGCGUUAAUCCACGGCUGUACAAUUGUUAUGCGCAAGAAGUUUUCAGCUUCGAACUUCUGGAAGGAUUGCAUUAAGUACGAAUGCACCGCUGCUCAGUAUAUUGGUGAAUUGUGCCGUUAUUUGCUGUCCACUACACCAAGACCCGAGGACACACAACAUCAAUUACGCUUGAUGUACGGCAAUGGUUUGCGUCCUCAAAUUUGGUCACAGUUCGUAUCCAGAUUUAAUAUUCCACAAAUUGGCGAGGUAUACGGCUCCACUGAGGGCAAUUCUAAUCUAGCCAACAUCACGAGCCAAGUGGGUGCUAUCGGUUUCAUACCACUGUUUGGACGCUACUUCUACCCGCUGCAGAUAAUUAAAUACGACGAGGAUACUGGAGAGCCUAUCCGAAACGCCAAUGGAUUUUGCCAGCGUUGUGCACCAGGCGAGACGGGUUUGAUGGUGGGUAAGGUAAAUUCGAAGCGCGCGACGACUGCCUUCAAUGGCUACGCGGACAGAGAGGCAUCAGAGAAGAAGCUUUUGCACAAUGUCUUCAGCGCAGGUGACGUUUACUUCAAUUCUGGCGACAUGCUAGUGAGCGACAUAUUGGGCUAUUUUUAUUUCAAAGAUCGCACUGGCGAUACAUUCCGUUGGCGUGGCGAAAACGUAGCAACGCUGGAAGUGGAGGCGAAUAUUACGAAUGUUGUUGGCCUACAAGAUUGUGUCGCUUAUGGUGUAGAUAUACCGUAUGUGGAAGGUAAAGCGGGCAUGGCGGCUAUAGUGGAUCCAGAUCGUAGAGUUGAUAUGCAACAUUUAUCGGCUGGUGUACGUGGCAGUUUGCCGGCGUUUGCGAGACCACUUUUUAUCAGAUUAGUCAGUGAUAUACCACGUACCGGUACUUUUAAGCUGAAGAAACGAGAGCUCGUCCGUGACUCUUUCGAUAUACACCGAGUUAAGGAUCCCAUCUACUAUUUGAACAAAGAUGGCAUUUACCGUUUGUUAACUGAGCAACAAUAUGAAGAUUUAUUAAACGGCAAAGCCGGACUCUAACCUCUAACGAAAAGUGGAAAAUGAUGCGUUCCAUUAUUGUAUAUAUUUAAAUAUUUAAAACCAAAAUGAAAUUGUUAUUAUAAAUAAUAUUUUUUUAUAGAAAUUACUUUAGUUAAUGUUAACGUAGACGAACCAGGUUUUAUUAAUCUAAGUGCCUUUUUUUUAAAUAAAAUGUCAAUGGCAGUUUCAAUGGCCAUACUGAAAGUCUA